AUGAGCUCAGAGCGAGAUAAGAGCAUUCCUGAGCGACGAGCUUCAACACCAGAGCUUCAACCCCAAGGCUUCAACACCAGAGCUUCAACACCAGAGCUUCAACCCCAAGGCUUCAACACCAGAGCUUCAACAUCAGAGCUUCAGCAUCAGAGCUUCAACACCAGAGCUUCAACACCAGAGCUUCAACACCAGAGCUUCAACACCAGAGCUUUAACAUCAGAGCUUCAACACCAGGGCUUCAACACCAGGGCUUCACCAGCAGAGCUUCAACACCAGAGCUUCAACAUCAGAGCUUCAACACCAGAGCUUAAACACCAGAGCUUCAACACCAGAGCUUCAACAUCAGAGAUUCAACAUCAGAGCUUCAACACCAGAGCUUCAACAUCAGAGCUUCAGCAUCAGAGCUUCAACACCAGAGCUUCAACAUCAGAGCUUCAGCAUCAGAGCUUCAACACCAGAGCUUCAACACCAGGGCUUCAACACCAGAGCUUCAACACCAGAGCUUCAACAUCAGAGCUUCAACAUCAGAGCUUCAGCAUCAGAGCUUCAACACCAGAGCUUCAACAUCAGAGCUUCACCAGCAGAGCUUCAACACCAGAGCUUCAACACCAGGGCUUCAACACCAGAGCUUCAACAUCAGAGCUUCAGCAUCAGAGCUUCAACACCAGAGCUUCAACACCAGAGCUUCAACCCCAAGGCUUCAACACCAGAGCUUCAACAUCAGAGCUUCAACAUCAGAGCUUCAACACCAGAGCUUCAACAUCAGAGCUUCAACACCAGAGCUUCAACACCAGAGCUUCAACACCAGAGCUUCAACCCCAAGGCUUCAACACCAGAGCUUCAACAUCAGAGCUUCAACAUCAGAGCUUCACCAGCAGAGCUUCAACACCAAGGCUUCUACACCAGGGCUUCACCAGCAGAGCUUCAACACCAGAGCUUAAACACCAGAGCUUCAACACCAGGGCUUCAACACCAGAGCUUCAACAUCAGAGCUUCAGCAUCAGAGCUUCAACACCAGAGCUUCAACAUCAGAGCUUCAACACCAGAGCUUCAACACCAGGGCUUUACCAGCAAGCUUCAACAUCAGAGCUUCACCAGCAGAGCUUCUACACCAGGGCUUCACCAGCAGAGCUUCAACACCAAGGCUUCUACACCAGGGCUUCACCAGCAGAGCUUCAACACCAAGGCUUCUACACCAGGGCUUCACCAGCAGAGCUUCAACACCAGAGCUUAAACACCAGAGCUUCAACACCAGGGCUUCAACACCAGAGCUUCAACAUCAGAGCUUCAGCAUCAGAGCUUCAACACCAGAGCUUCAACACCAGAGCUUCAACCCCAAGGCUUCAACACCAGAGCUUCAACAUCAGAGCUUCAACAUCAGAGCUUCAACACCAGAGCUUCAACAUCAGAGCUUCAACAUCAGAGCUUCACCAGCAGAGCUUCAACACCAGAGCUUCAACAUCAGAGCUUAAACACCAGAGCUUAAACACCAGAGCUUCAACACCAGGGCUUCAACACCAGAGCUUCAACAUCAGAGCUUCAGCAUCAGAGCUUCAACAUCAGAGCUUCACCAGCAGAGCUUUAACACCAGAGCUUCAACGCCAAGGCUUCUACACCAGGGCUUCACCAGCAGAGCUUCAACACCAAGGCUUCUACACCAGGGCUUCACCAGCAGAGCUUCAACACCAAGGCUUCUACACCAGGGCUUCACCAGCAGAGCUUCAACACCAGAGCUUCAAUAUCAGAGCUUCAACACCAGAGCUUCAACAGCAGAGCUUCAACACCAGAGCUUCAACACCAGAGCUUCACCAGCAGAGCUUCAACACCAGAGCUUCAACACCAGGGCUUCACCAGCAGAGCUUCAACACCAGAGCAACACCGGCAGAGCUUCAACACCAGAGCUUCAACACCAGAGCUUCACCAGCAGAGCUUCAACACCAGAGCUUCAACACCAGGGCUUCACCAGCAGAGCUUCAACACCAGAGCAACACCGGCAGAGCUUCAACACCAGAGCUUCAACACCAGAGCUUCAACACCAGGGCUUCAACAACAGGGCUUCACCAGCAGAGCUUCAACACCAGGGCUUCAACACCAGAGCUUCAACAUCAGAGCUUCAACAUCAGAGCUUCAACACCAGGGAUUCACCAGCAGAGCUUCAACACCAGAGCUUCUUCAACAUCAGAGCUUCAACCCCAGAGCUUCAACAUCAGAGAUUCAACACCAGAGCUUCAACACCAGAGCUUCAACACCAGGGCUUCAACAACAGGGCUUCACCAGCAGAGCUUCAACACCAGGGCUUCAACACCAGAGCUUCAACAUCAGAGCUUCAACAUCAGAGCUUCAACACCAGGGCUUCAACACCAGAGUUUCAACACCAGAGCUUCAUCAUCAGAGCUUCAACACCAGAGUUUCAACACCAGAGCUUCAUCAUCAGAGCUUCAACACCAGAGCUUCAACACCAGAGCUUCAGCAGUUAUAAAUCCACAGAGAUCAUAG